GGUGACGGGGACAGAGGGGACCCGGCAGCAGCGUGCACCGGAGCCUGGACACAUGCUGCAGGUGGGGCUCAGCCUGCCCCGCUCCCCCGGGGGGGCGGCCGGUGGCUUCCCCGUGGCCAAGCCAGAUGAUAACACGGGCAACGGGCAAGGGUGGUGAAUAACUAUCGAAACACAAGAAGUUGCUGUAAGACUUCAAAGCGUCAGCCAGGGUGAAACGCUGUCAGCUGGGGCAGUGAAGCGUGUUGAAUAAAAGGUCUUUGUCCUACAGAGAUGUUUGGCUCAUCUCCAGUCACCAUCGUGAUCACGUCGGAGGCUGACACCUGGGACAUCGACGCCUCCUCUUGCCUGGGCUGUGGACAGUUUGUGGAUUGGGACAGGAUGCCAGACCCGGAGCAACAGGCACAUAUCCCCCGAGACAUCCUCAGCAAGCCCCCAAAGGAGCUGAAGAGGCUGGCAAGAGAAGGUUACUGGGCAGCGAGCCGCUCUCUGAGAGCUCAGGUCUACCACCAGCUCAUCCAGCAGGUCGCCUGCCGGCUCGUCACCCCAGACGCUCUCGUCUACAGGGACGUGGCAAGUCGGCUCUUUGGGAAGCUGAGUGUGAGCUCCCACCCUUUGCCCGAAUUCCUGGAAGGAUGCUCCAUGCCCACAUAUUGCCUCAACCUGGAAGGGGUCACCGCCUUGAAGAAGAUCCUCAUCUGCGUUGGCAACCUCUUCCCCGACAUAACCUACAGCCCGAUCCUCCCCUCUCUGGUGGCUCUGCUGCUGCACUACAGCGAAGACGAAGCUCAGUGCUUCGAGAACAUCUCUCGCCUCAUCGCCAGCAAUGCCCCCCACACCAGCUACAUUGACCAGUCCUUCCUGGCUCACCAGGCCUCCUGCAUGACUUUUGGGGAUCUGGCCAACAAGCACUGCCCAGCAGCUCACAAACUCAUAGCCAGCACCUCUGAGAAUGUCUUUGACAUCUACUCCGAGUGGUUAUCAUGGCUAUUUCAUGACCUCCCCUUCAAUUACGCCAUCCGCAUCUUUGAUGUCUACCUGCUGGAGGGGCAGAAGGUCCUCUACCGCAUUGCCCUGGCCUUGCUGAAGCAGUACAGGCUCUCUGUGACCUCCGCCGAGCUGGAGGGGACCGAUAUCAAAGCAGACCUGCAGGCUUUCGUGCAGAACAUUGCUGAGCACGUGACUGUGGACAAACUCCUAGAGAGAGCCUUUGGCAUCCGGCUGUUCUCCCGCAAGGAAAUCUGGCUCCUCCAGAUGGCCAACAGGAAGGCGUUAAUGGAGAGGGGCAUAACCAUGGUGCAGAGCAGGCAGUCCUUCCACCUUGCCGUGGACAUGCAGAACUUCAGCUCCAGCAUUGUAACGGCUCAGGAGAUGCGCAUCGUCUGGUCCUGGAUCCCUGAGCGCUUCUCUCUCUUCCCCCCACUGCUGCUCUUCUCCACCUCAGAAGAUGGGUGCAGCUUGCAGAGGUUUUACGCGUGCUGUGAAGGCUAUGAACCGACGGUGCUGCUCAUAAAAACAACAGAGGGGGAGGUGUGCGGGGCGUUUCUCUCCUCCGACUGGAGUGAAAGGAAAAAGAGCGGGGCAACAUCGGGCUUUUUUGGGACAGGGGAGUGCUUUGUAUUCACUGUGCGCCCCGAGACGGAGAGGUACGAGUGGGUGUUCAUCAAGAAGCCAGAGCUGGCCAAAGCUGUGCCACGCUCACGCCAGCGGUCACCUUCCCCCUCUCCCGCAUCCCUCCUCAGCUCCUCCCCGGGUGGCCGCGGCACCAGCUCGAACCGUCUCGCCGUGCCCACACCACAGAGGAAAGGCCGUCUCUCCCCGUUUCUGGCCAUCAGGCAUUUCCUUCUGCCUUCCAAAACAGCCUCCAUGUUCAUGUCCGGGUCACGGGAAGGGAUCAUUAUCGGUGGAGGGGGAGGCCAAGCUCUGUCCCUUGACGCCAACCUGCUCUGGGGGCACACAGAGCACUGCGAGACCUUCGACAACCCUCCGCUCUGCCAGGAGAACUUCAAGGUGCAGCUCUUGGAAGUGUGGGGCUUUCAAAAUGCUUAGAUCCCGUGGGGGACACCGUGCCGCCCACAGAGACGGGGACCCCUCGCCGUGCUGGCCGCCACCCCGGCCUGGCUGCUGUAGUCCCCGCCGGCAGCGCCACGGGCACCUCCACUCACCAUCCUCCCCUCCACGGCCAGCCGUCGCGGUGGUGUGCAGAGAGCACAGUGCGGUGUUGGGAAUGGGACUGUGGGCGCUGCAUUUGGGGACAUUUGAGGUCCUCUCCUGCAGUUUAGACCCAGCCCACUUCACCCAGUCUGUCCCAGUUUAGGAUGCUGGAGGGGAGGUGAGCCAGUCCGGCGGUUGUCACACCUCCCUGGCCUGUUUGUGGCUUGGGGCUCAACAGCGAGCCAGUGGUACCGCAGCACAGGCACAUUUUAUAGGAAUUUGGAGCCCAGGCAAAACCCAACACCGAGGUACAAAGCUCACCAGGAACGCUCUCAGACCCUGCUUCCCUGUGGUCCCAAGCCCAGCAUCACCCUUCAAGCCAUAUGCAGAAUGUUGUAGCUUCUGUGGGUUGCCAGGAUUCCCCCGGGAUCCCGCACUGAUCAUCAUCCAACACAGUGCCAGAGACUCUUUUUGUCUGUGGUUGAAACUGCUGAUGGGUGAUUAGCAAAGUCCUACCUGGUGUUCAUACACCGGCAGCCAACGAGAACCCCCCCAGCUGCGUACCUGCCUUGUCAUUUUUGUAUUAAACUGAAGAUCGAUACUCACCGCAAAGGGCUGGUGUGAGACUGCCAGCAGUGAAUACAUAUGAGCCUUAACCAACGUGCCCCGACCGCCCGGGGGUCAGGACAACAGGAGACGUGCCAUUUUAAAACAUGAAAUGUGAACGUGCACGUGUAGCUCGGUGAGACAAGGCAACCCUCAGAGGAGGGCUGCGGACCGAAGAGAUACCAUUCUGGCUGCAGGAUGAGAAUGUCUCCUAUGUCCAAAUCUACUUUCCACUUGUAGUUCUCUCUUUGAUCUAUUCCACUUCUCGAGCUGUUCAGAGCAGGAGCUAUCGCAGCCUCGGUACCUGCUCCCAGCCAUGGCAGGAGGACGCAGGAGCACGCUUGGCAGCAAGCUCACACCGUGCCAGUCAUGCAGCGGACCGAGGAAUCACUUGUAGUCUUCUGAGGGUAGCCAGGGGAGAUGAGGUGAGGCACAGCCCUCGGCGCACCCUGGCCUUCACCACAGAGCUCAGAUGAAAGAACACUGCAGAAUUACUCUUCGCCUGAAAUUAAAAAGCUCUGCUAGGGUGUCCUUCUUUCUUUCCAUGACCAUGUACUGGACUCUCUGUCCAGAUGAACUCUCUGUCUGGAGACAUGGAUGAGUGCGGAUGACUCUCUGUCCCAUGGGGGUCCCUCUCCCUUCCCAAGAGGCUGUUUCUCCCCACCCGGAGAUGCACAGGAUGCACGAGAUGCCAGGAAAUGCCAAGCCCUUCAUUAGCACCCAGCUUGUCCUCCUCUCUGCAGCCUUCCGAGUGUUUCCUUGUAAAGGGGAAGCAGGGCACGUCUAACGUGUUGAAAUCCCAGACGCUGGGGCUGUAUCGUGCAGGCCGGGGAUGUCUCCGAUGCGGUGGCAGAGCCUGGGUGUCCCUUCAAGGCUGUAGGUGCUGUGUGCCUGCCAAUUAGAGCCAUAAAUCGCAAUAUGGAUGUCGGUGCCCUCGUUGCAUUCGCUGCCUGUAAUCUGAUGAGCGCCUCUGCCAUUUCUGAAAGCGAUGCUACAGUCCUUUCUUCUUACGCUUUAUUCUAUUACUGCAUAAAGUUCAAAACUCUUGGAGAAUGAAAAGAAACCCGAAACCACACAGGGGGAGCAGAGGGGCCGGGAGGCUGAGGGGAUGAGUAAUGGGAUAUAGAGAUCUUUCACCCGUGCCUGUCAUGGUUUCGGCUGGGAUGGGGCUGACUUUCUUGCUGGCAGUUGGUGCGGGGCUGUUUUGGUUUGGGAUGGGAAUGGUGUUGACGGCACACUGGUGGUUUGGGUUGUUGAUAAGCUCUCAAGGGCUGCUCUGCUCCUCUCCCCCUCCCAACCAUCGAUGGGCUGGGGGGCACAAGGAGCUGGGAGAGGACACAGCUGGGACAGCUGACCCCAACUGACCAAAGGGAUAUUCCAUGCCAUAUGGCAUCAGCGCAUAAAUCUUGGGGAAGAAGAAGGAAUGAGGGGACAUUUGGAGUGAUGGCGUUUGUCUUCCCAAGUCAUUGUUCCAUGUGAUGGAGCCUGGCUUUCCUGGGGAUGGCUGAACACCCGUCUGCGAUGGGGAGCAGGGAAUGAACUCCUUGUUUGGCUUUGCUUACGUGCGCGGCUUUUGCUCUACCUAUUAAACUGCCUUUGCCUCAA